AUGAUCCGCGCCCGGGAGCUGCUCCUGGUGUUGCUGCUCUGCCGACCGCUGCUCGGGGAGCCGGGCGAGGGCGCGGCCACUUGGGCUCACUUCGCCCAGGCGCCCUACCCGCAGGACCAGCUCUUUCUUUACGACACUUUCCCCGAGGGCUUCCUGUGGGGGGCCGGCACGGCGGCGUACCAGGUGGAGGGCGCCUGGAGGCAAGACGGCAAAGGGCCCUCGGUGUGGGACGCCUGGGCGCACCGCCAUGCCGUCCAGGGUGCCCCCGGCGUGGCGGGCGACGUGGCCGGCGACGGCUACAACCGCCUGCAGCGCGACCUCGACGGGCUGCAGCUCCUGGGCGUCUCCCACUACCGCUUCUCGCUGGCCUGGGCGCGCCUGCUCCCCAAUGGCACCGCGCCCCUCAACCUGGCCGCCGUGCGCUAUUACGCGCGCCUGCUGUCCGGCCUGAGGAGCCGCGGCGUGGAGCCCGUGGUCACGCUCUACCACUGGGACCUGCCCCAGCGCUUGCAGGACGCCCACGGCGGCUGGCAAAGCUCGGCUCUGGCCGACCGCUUCCGGGACUACGCCGAACUCUGCUUCAGGCACUUUGGCGACCACGUGCGCUACUGGCUCACCAUCGACAACCCUUACCUCGUGGCUUGGCACGGCUACGCCACUGGCCGGCUGCCCCCCGGCGUCCAGGGCGGCCCGAGGGCGGGCUUCAGGGCGGCGCACAACCUCCUCAAGGCUCAUGCCAAAGUCUGGCACCUUUACAACAAUAAUUUCCGAGCAAUUCAAGGUGGUCAAGUGUCCAUUGCCUUAGGUUCUCACUGGAUAGAACCUCAAAAGAUGAUUAGAGAAGAUAUAAUGAAAUGUCAGAAAUCUCUGGACUUUGUAUUGGGCUGGUUUGCUAAACCUCUAUUUAUUGAUGGAGACUACCCUCAGACCAUGAAAGAUAAUCUGCCGUUGGUGCUGCCAGAAUUUACCGAAGCAGAGAAGAUGUUUGUUAGGGGAACAGCUGAUUUCUUCGCUCUUUCUUUUGGAGCUACACUGAGUUUCCAUCUUGUGGAUUUUCCCAUGAAGUUCCAACAGCAGGAAUCACUCAACUUGAGGCCUCUUCUUUACUGGAUAAGCAAGGAAUAUAACAAACCCCAAAUCUUCAUUGUGGAGAACAGCUGGUUUAUUUCAGGACGCACCAAGACAGAUGACAGCAAGUAUAUGUAUUAUCUCAAAAGAUUCAUUAUGGAAACGUUAAAAGCUAUUCGGUAUGAUGAAGUUCAUGUCAUUGGAUACACAGUUUGGUCACUCAUGGAUGGCUUUGAAUGGAUCAGAGGCAAUGUUCGAAGGGGUCUGUUUUAUGUUGAUUUUCAAAGUCAUGAUAAAAAAUUGGUGUCAAAGUCUUCAGCACAUUUCUACCAAGAGGUGAUAGGAAAAAAUGGUUUCCUUCCGUUACCAGAAAACCAGCCGAUAGAAGGGAUUUUCCCCUGUAAUUUUGCUUGGGGAAUUAUUGAACAUAAUCUUCACAUUGAUACAACUCCAUCCCAGUUCCUUGACCCCAGUGUUUAUGUUUGGGAUGUCUAUCGAACCAAGACCUUAAUUAAAGUUGAGGGAGUUGAUGCCCCAAAACGCAAGCGACAUUGUGCUGACCUAGCUGCCAUCAGACUUCAGAUUUCUUUACUUGGACAAACACACAUCACACACUUCUAUUUUUCAUUGAAGUGGUCUUUGAUUCUCCCUUCAGGUAACCUGUCUUAUGUUAACCACACACUCCUGUUUUAUUAUCACUGUUUUGUUAGUGAACUACUUAGAGUUAAUAUAACUCCUGUAGUUGCUCUGUGGAAGCCUGUAGGUGAGAAUCAAGGACUUCCUUUUUCUCUGGCCAAGCAUGGUGGUUGGGAGAACCCUUUAACGGUGCGUGCCUUUGAAGAGUACGCAAGACUUUGCUUUAAAAAGCUUGGCCAGCAUGUCAAAUUUUGGAUCACAAUAAAUGAACCUUACACGAAGAACCUGACGUUCUCUGCAGCUCAUAAUCUACUAAAGGGUCACGCUAAAGCCUGGCACCUUUAUGACAGAGAAUUCAGGAAAAUUCAGAAGGGAAAAAUAUCGAUUGCCUUACAAGCUGACUGGGCAGAGCCAGCCUGCCCCUUUUCUGAAAAUGACAAAAUGGCUGCCAGCCGAGUUUUGGAAUUUGACUUUGGCUGGUUUGCCGAGCCCAUCUUUGGAAAUGGUGACUAUCCGGAUGUGAUGAGGAAGUGGAAAAAUGGAGAUAUAUGGGAUUUCUACUUACCUUUUUUCUCAGAGGAGGAAAAAAAGCUAAUUCAUGGUUCAUUUGACUUUUUGGCUUUAAGUCACUACACCACAGUACUUGUGGAUUCAGUGAACGAAGACCCAGAGAAAUACGAUCAAAGGCUCAAGGUCCAAAUGCUCAAUGACAUCACUUGGCUGGAAUCACCCAGUGGAAGUAGAAUAGUUCCUUGGGGGUUACGCAAGCUUCUCCAAUGGGUAAAGAGUAAAUAUGGUGAUAUGCCAAUUUACGUCCUAGCCAAUGGGAUUGAUGACAAGCCAGAUGCAGCUGAAGACAAGCUGAGGAUAUAUUACAUACAGAAUUAUAUCAAUGAAGCUUUAAAAGCCUACACUUUGGAUAAUGUCAACAUCCAAGGCUAUUUUGUGCAUCGUUUCACUGAUAGGACUGAUCCUAAAUAUGGCCUUUUUCAUUAUGUUGUCAACCGGUAUGAGCCAAGACCUUCUGUGAAACGUUACAGGGAGAUAAUUGACAAGGGUGGCUUCCCAGGCCAGGAAACCCCAGAACUGUUUUGUCCAGAAGAAAUUGCCUUUGACCCAGACUACAUUGCUUUCCAGCCCCGAAGAUCUUUUCUUGCAUUUGUCUCUUUUAUAUGUUUUGCUUUCAUUGUUACUGUAUUUAUGAUAAUUAACUAUUCCAAGAAGGCUGACAGAAGAUACAAAUAGCAUGUGUCCCUUGUAGCCUUCUCACCUACAUAACCUGGGAAACUGGAAGUAAUUCAGUAUUCCAUGUUUUGAUUACUGUUGCACUAAAAAGCCAUUUAUGCUGCCUAAUGCUGUAGUGCACUAAACGUGUGUAUGGAUUGUGUCCAUGGAUCUUGCACAACUCCUUUGUGUGUUUGCACUUGUGGCUUGUAGGAGCUCUUGGCCUGCUGAUAUUGCUAUACCCCCACCACAAGUUAAGUGCCAUCCAGAGUAAUCCGAAUUACUUCUAUAUAAGCCUGUUGAUUUCAGUGGGGUUAGAAGGAAUUGACAGUAAUAGGACUGUACAGAUGGUGGACAGAACGCUUCUUUUCAUAUAGCCUGUGUGAGCCAAAUGGCAUGUUACUGUUUGUUUGAAACCACUCUGGAGAGGAAUAUUUGCUGCAAUAGGGGACAUUGGUGGGUGGGAGGGCGGGAGAGGUCUUUGGGGUUGGGAAAAACACAUAAGGGGAAUGUUGAAGCCAGAUCUGACCUUUGCACUUGGAAAACAAGGUCCCCUGUGUCUGACAUCUGACAGUCAAAGAAGAUCAGGUCAAGCAAACUGAGAAAGUUUGUGUUACAAAUUGUAACGUGUUGUUUGGACUUAAAUGAUAGCCUAAUGAGUGCUAAUUUCGAGACCUCAAUGAAUAGACUGCAUGCACUUGUUGGAGGAUGUCAUUCCCAUUUGGGGCCAGUAACUGCUGCAUGUGACCACACCUGGAUGACAGCCUGUAUUUUGAAAAUCUGGUGUUCUUUUGAAAAUUUAAAAUAGUCUGAUGUAUCUCGUAUAGAGUCGUUGAUUUUGAAUGGCUGUUAUUAAUAUUUGAUUACCAA